GCGAUGGCGAUGAUGGUGACGAUGUCGACAAUGGCGAUAAUAGCGACGACAACGACGACGACGACGGCGACGAUGGCGACAACAGUGACGAUGGCGACAACGACGAAGACGACGACGAUGGCGACAACGACGACGAUAGCGAUGAUGGCAACGACGACGAAGGCAACGACGGCGAAAACAACGACGAUGGCGACGACGACGAAGACGGCGACGAUGGCGAUGCACGAAAAAUCAAAGAUGGCAAAGACGGCGACGAUGGCCAAGGUGAUGGCAACAACGGCGAAGACGAUGAAGACGGCGACGGCAACGGCGACGGCGACAACGGCGAAGACGGAGACGACGACGAUGAUGGCGACGAUUGGCGGCGGGUAGUGGGGUGCGGAAUGCGUGCAGAAGGCAGCGGCUUGUGGGAGCAGUACUGCACGCAGAAGGCGGAGAACCCACCGCAAGGCGGGGAUC